GCAGGUCCAGAGGCAGUUCCCAGCCACGCGCCCGGCAUGACGGACGUUCCGCGGGAUGCCGGCCCCAAGCAGGCAGCGCCGACGCGGCCGGACAAACCGGCUGCAGACUUCGGCUACGUGGGGAUAGAUGCCAUCCUGGAGCAGAUGAGACGGAAAGCCAUGAAGCAGGGCUUCGAGUUCAACAUCAUGGUUGUGGGUCAGAGUGGCUUGGGGAAAUCCACGUUAAUCAACACCCUCUUCAAAUCCAAAAUCAGCCGGAAAUCUGUACAGCCAACUUCUGAAGAGCGAAUCCCCAAGACCAUUGAAAUCAAAUCCAUCACUCACGAGAUUGAAGAGAAAGGAGUUCGCAUGAAGCUGACAGUCAUUGACACCCCGGGUUUUGGAGACCACAUCAACAAUGAGAACUGCUGGCAGCCCAUCAUGAAGUUCAUCAAUGACCAGUACGAGAAGUACCUGCAGGAGGAGAUCAACAUCAACCGGAAGAAGCGGAUCCCGGACACGCGGGUGCACUGCUGUAUAUACUUCAUCCCGGCCACCGGCCACUCGCUCCGACCGCUUGACAUCGAGUUCAUGAAACGCCUGAGCAAAGUGGUCAACAUCGUCCCGGUGAUUGCAAAAGCCGACACGUUAACGCUGGAGGAGAGGGACUACUUCAAACAGAGGAUAAUGGCUGAUCUUCUUGCCAAUGGGAUCGACGUGUAUCCUCAGAAGGAGUUUGAUGAAGACUCCGAAGAUCGGCUAGUGAAUGAGAAAUUCAGGGAAAUGAUCCCAUUUGCAGUGGUGGGAAGUGACCAGGAGUACCAGGUUAAUGGAAGAAGAAUCCUUGGAAGGAAGACCAAGUGGGGCACCAUUGAAGUGGAGAACACGACACACUGUGAGUUCGCCUACCUGCGGGACCUCCUCAUCAGGACGCAUAUGCAGAACAUAAAGGAUAUUACCAGCAACAUCCACUUUGAAGCCUACAGGGUGAAGAGGCUGAACGAGGGCCAGAGCUCGCUCUCCAAUGGCGUGACCGACAAAGAGCUGGUGGCUCACGAAAUGUAACCGUCUCGCUCUGUAGCCAGGACCUUGCUCGCUCACGCUCGCUGUUUCUCCCCUCUUCCCUCUUUAUUUUUAUAUAAAUCCUCUGCCACUGUCCCUCUUCCCAACCCCCCCCCAGCCCCCUGCCAAUGUUAACUGACCAAAUAACCAGACGCUGUCUCUGU